AGGUCAUUUUUAUACAGAACCCACAAUUUUUGUAAUCGAUUUUCCGAGAAAAAAGGAUAUCUCAUUCAUCCUUGAUUAUACAUAUUUAUAAUGGGUAUAUGCCACUCUAUAUAAAUUGACGGUUACUUGAAAUGAUGUAUAUUCAGACCCUUAAAUCAAAAACCACUGUUUAAAUUAACACUAUUUGUUUUAUUGAACUGCAGGGGGAAGAAGAGCAAGAAUACGAGCACUAGGGGUUCCGCAACAUGCUACUAACAUUUUCGGAGACAUGGUCCCCCUCGCAACAGCCUUUAUCCAUCCUGGAGGUGAUGGAGAUAUAGAAAUCGAGAAGUUGGUUAGUCUACAGAUGAAGAGAAAACGGAUGAAAGCUCAGCUAAUGGAUGAUGGUCCCAGACAAUCUCAGAAGAUCCUUCUCAUCAUUCUUUGGAUAGGAGCUGGACUGAUUGGAGUUCUCAGAUAUCUGUUCGAUCAAAAUGGAGAAAGUCCGAAGAUUCAACGUCCGUACUUUCUUCGUCCCUUCCCAAACUCAAGUGACGUCAUAGAGGUAGUGAGAAACACAGACACAACCUUCUGUAAAGUUUGGGAACCUACGGUUAGUUUAGUUGAUCUUCUUCUUCUAGGAUUAGUUCUCAUUCUACCUAUCCUCAUAGGUCCAGUACUGACUUCAGUUAUUGAGAUAUUCACUCAAUGUUACAACUGUCUGGAUGACCUAGAACUUCCAUCCAGAUGGCGAGAGUUUGGUUUGGUAUAUUCUCUAGGAUUCCUGGCGCUCCUCUCUCAUAUAAUUAAUCUGAAAGGAGCGGAGUAUGUUGGGGGAGGAUUGUUAGGCUUCUCAUCUUAUAGAAUACUACUUUUCAAAUAUCUAUUAGGAUAUAUGGAUCUAGUGCUUGCCCCCCUUGUCAUUAUUAUCUGGGACAAAGAUAUUAGAAGGGGUAUACCUUAUGUUUACAGGAUUAAACGAUUAAAGGGUUCCAGCUCAACAAGCAGCCUUGGUCAUGAUAUAUAAACAAACCUUCAGAAGUUUUCAUCUUAAUUAAUAUAUUUCAAACAUCGCUCAAUGUAAAAUAUUAAAAAUCAUGAUUGAAUAAAGUAUUUUGUGUCUUA